UAAAGUACAGCGUUACAGAAGAAAACAAGUCGUUGGCCUUUUCUUCUUGGAGUUUAAAGAUUAAAGUGUUUGGGGUGUCAAAAUUUGAUGGUUCCUUUGGCUUCGUCUCAAACUCUGGAAAUUUGUAAAGAUGCAGCUGGAAUCGCCGGGAACAUCUUUGCUUUUGGGUUGUUCCUGUCUCCAAUACCUACAUUCAGGAGAAUAAUGAGAAAUCAAUCAACCGAACAGUUCUCGGGGUUGCCAUACAUAUAUGGGCUCUUGAACUGCUUGAUCUGUGCUUGGUACGGCACACCUCUUGUAUCUCCUGACAAUUUGUUGGUAACAACAGUCAAUUCAGUUGGUGCUGUUUUUCAACUUGCCUACAUUGUACUUUUUGUAAUGCAUACAGAGAAAGAGAAAAAGUUCAGGAUGCUGGGAUGCAUACUCACAGUCUUUGGCCUAUUUGCAAUUAUUGUAAUUGGAAGCUUGCUUAUACUUGACCUUCAACUCCGGCGCAUCAUUAUUGGCUCCCUGAGUUGUGCUUCCCUCAUAUCAAUGUUUGCCUCCCCACUGUUUAUUAUUAAUCUGGUGAUCAGGACCAGGAGCGUCGAAUUCAUGCCAUUUUACCUGUCCCUCUCCACCUUCCUAAUGAGUGCCUCUUUCUUUUUGUAUGGAACUUUCAGUUUUGAUCUGUUUAUAUAUGUGCCAAAUGGCAUUGGAACACUUUUAGGAGUCGUACAAUUGCUUUUAUAUGCAUAUUACAAAAAUUCUUCAACGGGAGACUCUACUGAACACUUAGUAGUGUCUUAUUCAUGAUUCGUGAACUACAUAUUAAAAAGAAAGUGGUGUCUUAUCCGUUCACCUACGCAGAAAGGUGAGAAUAAGUGCUCGCCGGAUUGUAUGGAGAAUGGUGGGAAGCCAAGCGCAAGCUGACUGCAGUUUCCUAGUCAUUGGACGCCUUCGACUACACCUGGUUCCUGAAUAGUAUCUGUUUUCUGCAUAUAUUCUGCUAAAUUGAAACAGGAGAACUUUGUGUGGAUCCACAAUGCACGUUUUCUUUAUCUUGUUCCUGUUUUCCUUUUCAAACUCAUUCUUCUGAUAUGGAUGGAAUGAAGAUGUAGAAUUACUUCAAAACAAAGUAAUUGUUGGUAGCGCAUAUAAUUGCGAUUGAAUUUGUACAUUCUUUGUUCUACACUAGACAUAGUGCUAACGAAGCUGGUAUAUUAUCUAUUUUACUAACUCUCAUUAAUAAUAGACUAGACUCGGUGUAUUACUCAGUUCUAAAGAAGCUGUUGAAUGAAAAUCCCGAGAUUGCUAA